UGUUGUGGAAGUGUUGAACGAUUUGGAUGGAGGCUCCAUAAAUAUUCCCACCUCGCUGAGUCCGCGUGCUAUCGAGCUAUUUUUGUAAUAGUUUCGUGUUAUCUCUGCCUGGCACCCACUAAAAUAGAUUCUGAGCCAAAAUAAAACGCACAAAAUUCAGCCGCUGAGUGCGUCCGACGCGUGGAAUAAAGAGGAGCUCAGAGGAACGGAGGUGUGCGUCCCGUUUGUCUGGCUGCAGACGAGCAAAUGGGAACGCGAAGGAGCAGAGGCGCACAACUCCGGGGCGACCUCCGCGCGGUCUGACGUACCCGAAGCUUCUGCUAUAAAUUAAUUCACGGCGUCACCGAGCUCAGAUGAUUCGCAGUGCCAGUGAGCGCACCCGGCUGUCAACACGCGCGCGGCUACAACGCACACACGUCUGCGUCAUGCGUCCUGGCGGGGACGGCUCGGCAGCUCCCGUGGACCCCGGGAGGACGCACAGCAGAGGCGCUCUGAGGGGCUGAGCGCGUCCUCGUCCGCCCGGCUGCGUCCGCCUCGCUCCCCUGGAAAAGUUGCGCUCCGAGCGCGCCCGCAUCAUGGAUUUUCUAACAAGCACCAACGACAGCAACGCCACAGGCGGCUACCGCGGCGGCGUGGACGUGGUAACGGACUGGGGCGCAGGUGAGAAUGGCACCGAGUCUGGAUCGCUGCCAGACCUGAAGCUGAGCUACCAGAUCAUCACCUCUCUGCUCCUGGGGGCCCUUAUCCUCUGCUCCGUGUUCGGCAAUGCGUGCGUCGUGGCAGCCAUCGCCCUGGAGAGAUCUCUCCAGAACGUGGCCAACUAUCUGAUCGGAUCUCUGGCCGUGACAGACCUCAUGGUAUCGGUACUGGUUCUGCCAAUGGCAGCCCUCUAUCAGGUAUUAAACAAGUGGACACUGGGACAGGAGAUAUGUGAUUUAUUCAUCUCUCUGGAUGUACUGUGCUGUACAUCGUCUAUCCUACACCUGUGCGCAAUUGCCUUGGACAGAUACUGGGCCAUAACAGACCCCAUUGACUAUGUAAAUAAACGGACGCCGAGGAGAGCUGCGCUCUUGAUAAGCGUGACUUGGCUAAUUGGUUUCUCCAUCUCUAUCCCGCCUAUGUUAGGUUGGAGAAGCGCAGAGGACAGGGCGAACCCCGACGCGUGCAUCAUCAGCCAGGACCCGGGCUACACCAUCUACUCCACAUUCGGAGCGUUCUACAUCCCACUCAUCCUCAUGCUGGUCCUGUACGGGCGAAUAUUCAGGGCCGCUCGCUUUCGCAUCCGAAAGACGGUCAAAAAAACCGAGACGGCCAAAGUGUCGGACAAGUGCCUGAGCGUGUCUCCAGCCUUCUUCCACAGGAAAACCAACGGCCAGUCGAAGCCCGGCUCCCCGUGCGUAAACGGCGCCGCGAGGCACGGCGAGGAGGGCGAGUCGCUGGAGAUCAUAGAAGUCACCAGCAACUCCAAGACGCACCUGCCUCUGCCCAACACCCCGCAGUCGUCGUCGCAGGGCUACGAGAGCAUGAACGAGAGGAACUCGGGCGCGAAGAGGAAGAUCGCGCUGGCGAGAGAGCGCAAAACGGUGAAGACGCUGGGCAUCAUCAUGGGGACGUUCAUCUUCUGCUGGCUGCCCUUCUUCAUCGUGGCGCUGGUUCUGCCCUUCUGCGCCGAGAGCUGCUACAUGCCCGACUGGCUGGGCGCCGUCAUUAACUGGCUGGGCUACUCCAACUCCCUCCUCAACCCCAUCAUCUACGCCUACUUCAACAAGGACUUCCAAAGUGCUUUUAAGAAGAUUAUCAAAUGCAAAUUUCACAGACCGUGACCACGCGGGCGAGCGCGCGCGUUCACGUCAAAGUGGAGUAAGUCAAAGGACUACGGAACCGCAAAAAAGCAGACCUUCAUUCAGGGACGUCUCCUUCCGGGGUGUGUCUAAGGAACGUGUAAAGAAAAAAUCAGGGGUGAUUGGCAGUUGAUGAAACGAGACAAGGCGGAAACUCUCGCUCUUAAUGUACAAGCUCAUGUCUAGUCAGUGUUGUAGCUACAGUAUAUAGCCUAUAAGCGACGGCAGCCAUCUUUGUAUUGCCAUGCAACGACGUGUCGUGCUUAUUCCAUGCGUUGUGUCCUGAGACGCGCGGGGGGUUUCCAUCACACACACACACGCACGCACACGCAACGAGCUUUGCAGCAUUGAAACAAUAAGAUUCAAAGUUUGUCAUUAAGUGAUAUGAGUAAUUUGUUAUUCAAAAAAAUAAAAAUAAAAGUGAAUGAGCCAAGAA